CCAGGAAGUAGGCGGUCCUGUUCGGAUUAGCCGGGGAGCUAGCUAGCUGAGAAUAAGAGCAGGUCCCAGUUUCGGGAUUUUUUUGAGAAUGUUUUUUGCCUUCAGAUCUGUUUUGUUCCUGCUGCAUUCACGGGGUGUUUAAGAGGUAAAAGAGGGAGAUAAGGAGAAUGGAGGACGAACUGGUGUGCGACUACGACUCCACCUGGGACACAGAGAGCGAUGGAGAGGAUGGGGGAACAGAGACUGGGUCGCGGCGCGCGUUUCCGGACAAAAACAAGAAAGCAAAGACCGGCUUUUGGUCCAAUUCCUCCUCGAGAAAUAUCCGGGCAGCUAAAGACAUGCAGAACUACAGACACAACUAUCCAAACCUCAACGAUGAAGACUGUACAGAGGACAGAAUGCCGAAUUUAAAGUUCUACCUAAACGAGAUAAAGUCGUCUCCUGAUGACGUGUCCAUCGAGACGUUUCACAGCGAGUGGAAAUCGGAUUAUAAAAGACUCGAACGAGUUCAUUCGUACAUCCAGUGGUUGUUUCCUCUGCGGGAGCCGGGAGUGAAUUACCUGGCUACUGAGCUGACCAAGAAGGAAAUCCAGGCGUUUCGAGAGAAUGAAGAGGCAAAAAGGCGUCUGGUUGAUUCCUACGAGCUCAUGCUGGGUUUUUAUGGCAUCCAGCUGAUCGACAGAGAGACCGGCGAGGUGCGACGUGCCGAGAACUGGAGGGAACGCUUCGCUAAUCUGGAGCGGAACAUGCACAACAACCUGAGGAUCACGCGCAUCCUGAAGUGUCUGGGUGAGCUUGGCUUUGAGCAUUUCCAGGCUCCUCUGGUGCACUUCUUCCUGGAGGAGACGCUGGUGAAGAAGAACCUAAACAGCGUAAAGCGCAGCGUGCUCGACUACUUCCUGUUCGCCGUGCGCAACAAGCGCAAGCGCCGCGAGCUCCUCGGCUUCGCCUUCCAGCACUUCGAGCCGAAAGACAAAUUCGUGUGGUGCCCGAGAAGGAUCCAGAAACGCUUCAAGAACAAAGCCGAGGCGAGUAGAAACAAGAGAGACGGAGAGAAACGAGAGGAAGACGAGUCCACGCGCGACGAAGGUUCGCCGUUCGACGCGGAUCCGAGAGACGAAAGUUCAUCGGCCGACUCGGAUCCGAAGGAUGAAGGUUCUUCGUUGGAGAUGUCCACUCUGAACAACGGCGACCACGCCGAUAACGGAGACACGGACCACUCGGGCAGUGAAACGAGCACGCUUAAGAGCGACGAAGAAGAGAAUCCGAUCAAACCGCCCGAGAACGUGUCGUCUAAAUCGGAUCAGGAAAUGACCCAGGUACACUCCGAUGAAGAUCUCAAGAACAUUUCAUCUCCGUCUCGGAAAGGAACGGGUUUGGAAAAAGUCUCGGAAAGCCCCAAACACAGCCUGAAGUCCUCACCGCGUACCGAACGGGCGGGAAAACUGCCCAGAACCAAGGAUAAUACCGGCUUAGGGAUUUCCGAUCAUAUAAAAUCUCCUCGAGACACUUUUUCCACUGGUUUGCUGGUGAAACUCGUUCCCUCGGACACUGAAGACGGAGAGAAACCGAACGGUACGGACGAAGCUGAGCUGAUGGACACUCAUCCCGGAGAGGCGUAAACAAAACCUGCGAUAAAUUAAUAUCUAUAAAGAGACGCUCAUUUUGAAAAUAAUAAUAAACAGAGCAAGAACGAAUGUCAUGAACUUCAUAAUACCAAUGUGAAAUCUCUUCUUUGAAGACGGGAUGAACUUCAUGCUUCAUGCUUUUUCUGUUUGUUUGCUGAAAAGGUGAAAAAGAGGUCAUUAUAAAGGUCAUUUUCAGGAAAACGAGGUGUAACCUGUAUAUGGAAGACUUUAUAUCAUGGCCUGACUGGGUUGGUUCCUCUUCUCCUUUUUUUUUCUUUUCAUGUUUGCAAUUAAAUUAUUGAGUUCUGGUUCGAGCAAAAGGAAGAGACGUGGAGGAGACGAUCUGUUUCUCGUUAGCACUUUUCUAUUUGGGAGCCUGUUCAUGGAAUUGGAACUGAAAUAUUUAUUGUGAUGUACAAAAGAAAAAGCAUAACGAAUGAACAGUAUUCUGUCAGUUUAAAGGAUUUUGACCGAGACCUACACCGAGGUACUUGAAUACGCGUUCCUGAUUGUAUUACUAUGAAGUGCAGAGUGAACAGUUCUAAAGCUCGGAGGUGAAGACGGUGGAAUAAAAGUUGAGAUAAAAAUAUA